ACAUCCAAGGAUGCACAUCAAAACUGGCCUUGUGGACGCCCACCUGUACUGCCUGAAGAAGUCUGUGGUCGACUUCCUCGCUGAUAACAAGUGAGGCCAUUUUACUUUGGUUACGUUCUAAAUGGCACCCUAUUCCCUAUAUACAGUGCAUUCGGAAAAUAUUCAGACCUCUUUCCUUUUUCCACAUUUUGUUACGUUAAAGCCUUAUUCUAAAAUUGAUUAAAUGAAGAAAAAAUCUUCAUAAAUCUCACACAAUACCCCAUAAUGACAAAGCAAAAACAGGUUUUUAGAAAUUUUUGCAAAUGUAUACAAAAUAAAUAAAAGAUACCUUAUUUAUUUAAGUAUUCAGACCUUUUGCUAUGAGACUCUAAAUUGAGUUUAGGUGCAUCCUGUUUCCAUUGAUAAUCUUUGAGAUGUUUCUACAACUUGAUUGGAGUGCAUCUGUGGUAAAUUAAAUUGAUUGGACAUGAUUUGGAAAGGCACACACCUGUCUAUGUAAGGUCGCACAGUUGACAGUGCAUGUCAGAGCAAAAACCAAGCCAUGAGGUCGAAGGAUUGAACUCUUUGGCCUGAAUGUCAAGCGUCACGGCUGGAGGAAACCUGGCAUCAUCCCUACGGUGAAGCACGGUGGUGGCAGCAUCAUGCUGUGGGGAUGUUUUUCAGUGGCAGGGACUGGGAGACUAGUCAGGAUCGAGGGAAAGAUGAACGGAGCAAAGUACAGAGAGAUCCUUGAUGAAAACAUGCUCCAGAGCGCUCAGGACCUCAGAUUGGGGUGAAGGUUCACCUUCCAACAGGACAACAACCCUAAGCACACAGCCAAGACAAUGCAGGAGUGGCUUCUGGACAAGUCUCUGAAUGUCCUUGAGGGGCCCAGCCAGAGCCCGGACUUGAACCCAAUCGAACAUUUCUGGAGAGAUCUGAAAAUAGCUGUGCAGCGACUCUCCCCAUCCAACCUGACAGAGUUUGAGAGGAUCUGCAGAGAAGAAUGGGAGAAACUCCCCAAAUACAGGUGUGCCAAGCUUGUAGUGUCAUACCCAAGUAGGCUCAUGGCUGUAAUCACUGCCAAAGGUGCUUCAACAAAGUACUGAGGAAAGGGUCUGAAUACUUGUUUUUUUUUGGUCAUAAAUUUGCAAACAAUUCUAAAAACCUGUUUUUGCUUUGUCAUUAUGGGGUAUUGUGUGUAGAUUGAUGAGGGAAAAAACAAUUUAAUACAUUUUAGAAAUAAGGCUGUACGUAACAAAAUGUGGAAAAAGUGAAGGGGUCUGAAUACUUUCCGAAGACACUGUAGUAGUGCACAAUAUAGGGAAUAGGGUGCCAUUUGGGAUGCAACCUUUGUCAUGUCAUUUUCUCACAAAUGUGCUUGUGUUUUAUGUUUUAAUGUAUAUCAAAUUAGUUUUUAAAAGGUACCGAUAACCAUCCACAUAAAUGUGAAUACAGUGUAUUGCUAUAUACAGGUGAAAUAUUGAACAGCACCUUUCUUGUCAAGGUUCAUGCUUGUUGAAUUUGAGUUAAUGUAAGAACAGGCUGUGACUGUGGAAAGGCUUUGAGGCUGGUAGGUAUUCUUGUUAGGUGUUAAUUUGUUUUACAAUGUGCCACUUGAGCAGUUUAUUAGGCUUUUAGCCCCCUUGUGUGUUUGUGUCAGAGGUACACCUCAAUCACAACUGUGUUGAUCAUCUCACUUCCUCAUACUCUGGUUUUCUUUUAAACUGCAAUCACUUUGAACCAAUCAGAAAGUCUCAGUUGUUUAUUGCCCAUUCUACUUUUUUUGGUUAACGUAUAUAAUAGGGCCACCACCAUAAAAUGACAUAUAGCUUACAACAUAUAGAAGUCAUUUAAUGGAUCUCUGUGGCCACCACCAGUUUAAAAGAUGUACACCUAAUAAUUAAAAUCAAGGCCAAGCAAUUGAAGGCACUGUUAGAUGCUUAGGGCACUUAGUUGAAGUGUGUCCCAAUUUGAUAAAUGUACAUCCUAUUGAUGUAGCCCCCCCCCCCCCCGCCACCAACAGCAAGACCAAAAGCAGCAGCACAACCUCCUCCUCUGCCCACCCCCCAGUCCAGUACCCCAGUUAGUCCCCCCUGUCCCUUUGUGCUUGUUACACUGUUACACCAUUGUGCGGAGACCCAACAGCUCCUUUAAGUGGUGUUGAAAAUAAGCGCAGGUGGCAUUAACUGGUGAGUGCAUUGACUCACUCACUCGCCCGGCCCACUUUCCCUCCAAAUAGGAAUUUUCUACCGGGGGUUUACAUAAAUACGCUGCAUUGCAGACGCUUGUUCCUGCUGCUUCCCAUUGCAUUUUAAUUAACCAGUCAUCCUGAUAUAAAUAUAAUUUAAUGUUAUCUGUCAACCCAGACUCAGGAGACCUCAAAAGCACUACCCAUUUCUUUCUUUCUCUCCCGCAUCAAAGUAUACUUUUUUUUAUAUAUUCAGCCCCCUUUUUCCUCCAUCCCCCUCUAUCUCUCUCUACCACUCUCUCUCUCCAUCUCUUUCUCUCUAUAUCACUCCCUCUUGAAGCUGCUCUGCUGUGGAGCACUCAAGGAGAAAAAUGGACAGAGUAACUGUUGUUUCUAGAGUGCAGUGCAGGAGAGAGGAGAAGGACAUAGAGUGCAGUGCAGGAGAGAGGAGAAGGACAUAGAGUGCAGUGCAGGAGAGAGGAGAAGGACAUAGAGUGCAGUGCAGGAGAGAGGAGAAGGACAUAGAGUGCAGUGCAGGAGAGAGGAGAAGGACAUAGAGUGCAGUGCAGGAGAGAGGAGAAGGACAUAGAGUGCAGUGCAGGAGAGAGGAGAAGGACAUAGAGUGCAGUGCAGGAGAGAGGAGAAGGACAUAGAGUGCAGUGCAGGAGAGAGGAGAAGGACAUAGAGUGCAGUGCAGGAGAGAUGGAGAAGGACAUAGAGUGCAGUGCAGGAGAGAUGGAGAAGGACAUAGAGUGCAGUGCAGGAGAGAUGGAGAAGUACAUAGUGCAGUGCAGGAGAGAGGAGAAGGACAUAGUGCAGUGCAGGAGAGAUGGAGAAGGACAUAGAGUGCAGUGCAGGAGAGAGGAGAAGGACAUAGAGUGCAGUGCAGGAGAGAGGAGAAGGACAUAGAGUGCAGUGCAGGAGAGAGGAGAAGGACAUAGAGUGCAGUGCAGGAGAGAGGAGAAGGACAUAGAGUGCAGUGCAGGAGAGAGGAGAAGGACAUAGAGUGCAGUGCAGGAGAGAUGGAGAAGGACAUAGAGUGCAGUGCAGGAGAGAGGAGAAGGACAUAGUGCAGUGCAGGAGAGAGGAGAAGGACAUAGAGUGCAGUGCAGGAGAGAGGAGAAGGACAUAGAGUGCAGUGCAGGAGAGAGGAGAAGGACAUAGAGUGCAGUGCAGGAGAGAUGGAGAAGGAGGAGAAAGUAAAAUUGCCUACUGGGCUUACAUGGUAGUUUGAAACCAUGAUUCAGCCUAAUCUUUUUUUACCUUUUAGGAAAGCCAUGAAUAAUGUGUAUACUGUGAAAUUAUCGUGGUUGUUUCAUUCUUUUCUGGUUAGCCGGUAACCCUCAUGAGCAGAGAUAAGCCUAGAACUUAUGAAAGUGUUCAGUACAUGGACAUUAUCCAUGUACACACAAAGGAAUUUCCCCCCUUCUCACCCCCCUCAACCUACUUCCUACUUUUAUCGUUUUGAUUGGCCAUGAGGAAAUACCUGACUCAACAUUGAAAUAUAAUGAGUAGAACGGGGGUCCGCAUGCAGGUCAAUUGCCACGGUCAAAUGUUGUACUCAUUCUGAUUCUAUGUUAUUACUUUUCAAAAGAGUUGGGGGUCAAAUGUAUUUUUACUUUCAGUGAAUGUACCUAUUUCAGCAAUUGAGUAAGUAUUGUAUUUUGUUUUUUUUCUCAAAGAUCUAUCUCUUCGAUUCGGGGAGAGUUAGUCCCGUAUCUCGUCCGCAAACAGUUCUCUAAAUCCAUGAACUCUCCGAAGGUCAACGAUGAAGCUGAUCAAAACCUUAAGAAAAAGGAUGGUAAUGAAACUAUACUUUAACAUUUAAGAGAGUUUCCAUAGUUAGGUUGUAACUCACUUAAUGCACACACACACUCACCUGUGUUUAUCUGCUGUCUGUGUGUGUAGAGAUCCAGAUCUCGUCCAGGGAUGAGGUGCUGCUGCAGCUAACCCGGGACAGGUCCUGUUGGAAUGACCAUCGUGGGGACAUGAGUGAGGCCUACCACGGAGGACGCCUGCGAUGCUACGUGCACAUCAUGGACGAGGGCAUGUGUUACCGCGUCAACACGCUAGCGGCCUACAUCGAAGCCAAUCGCCUGGUAAGUGAGAGAGUGACACUAGAUGUAUUAAUCUGUUUCUGACUGCUUCAUGGCUAGCAUACUCUUCUCAUACACUGUUUUCUUUACCUGUCACAUCAAACUAAUAGUCGGCUCUGUUAGUAACCCUAACUUACAUGUAACUUUUAGAUUUGAUUGAUAUGACCUUUAUCUUUAAGUAUUUCUCUUAGUGAUGAACAUGCUCCCUGAACAUUACUGACAUUAUUGUUUUAUCCUCUUCUAUGAACAUGUAGCCUAUAUUGUCUUGUGUUCCAGGCCCCUAAGCUGUUUGAUGAGCCUGCAGUCCAUCCAUCAGCAGUGAUCUCUGUGCGCUGUCUGGUGAGUAGCUAGCUAGAUGGGUGGUUCUCUUAGAUGUCUGGUACAAUGUGUAUUUUCUGACUGAGUCCAUGAGUCUGUCUGAGUCAUUAGCAGGUUGUAGAAUGAGCGUUGUCUGGUGAGUGAGGAUGCCAUUAGAGUGAGUGUGCUUUGGUUAGUCACAUGCUAUUCUUGUUGUCUAUGAGGUAAGAUGCAGUAGGUGCGUGUCAUAGGGGAUUAAGGGGUGUAAGAGGCAGGGGAGGCCACCAGCAGAGGCCCUCAGCUCCUCUUGCCCUGUUCAACAGUUGGGGAGCUCUUACAGAUGUAGGAUCUUAAUUUGAGACAGUUUGCUACAGCAGGAAAAUAAUCCUGCAGCAACAGGAAAUGUGAAUUAUUAUGUGGAUUAUAAUUACAAAUAUUCUGCAACAGGAUGAUCAAAUUAAGAUCCUACAUCUGUAGGUUGCCUCUCCACUAUCUUUAUGUUCAAACUGUCGAGUUCUAAAAUAUAAUCCUAUAGUUGUUCUGUCUCUUUCCUAUCACUCACAGAUAUAUCAAGAGACUCACUGAUAUAGUGAAAUGUAGGAAAGGAUCAGAGGGAAGUGUACAUUCUGGUGUGGUCUUUUCUGAUUAUGAUCUUUUUUUACUGACAACGUUCUACCAUGUCUGGUUAUUGUCUGCCAGAUUGGUGCAGACAGCAUAAUAGGAGCUUCCUGUCAGAUCUCAGACAAGACAUCAAUCAAGAGAUCAACGAUCGGUGCGUCCUCUACCGUCAGAGAGAAGGUCAAAGUAACCAACUCCAUCAUCAUGCACGGAGUAACCAUCGAGGAGGGGUGAGUAGAGCCUAUUGUAUACAGAUUUGGACCAUUUCUACCACUGUGUCCUUAGACUUUAGAAGCUGUGAUCCCAGGACAUUUUACCAGGUAGUCACACAUUACACUUUAUGGUAGAGAGAAAGCAGUGUAAGCAAUACUGUUAUUUCUAUUUGGAAAAGACGGGGUAGUAAACUCCCUUCCCCAAUUAAGCCCAGUAUAGUGUUGAACCACAAAGGGGAACAAUUAAGUUUCAGAGGCCAGUGUGUAUGGAUGACUCCAGAGUGUGUGUGUGUGUGUGUGUGUGUGUGUGUGUGUGUUUUGGUUUUACUAUCUUAGUGGGAACCAGAGGUCCUCACAAGGAUAGUGAAACAAGGACAAUUUUGACAAAUGGGAAAAUUUCGCCGGUCCCCACAAGGAAAAGGCUUUUUUAGGCAUAGGGGUUAGCUUUAGGGUUAGAAUUAGGGGUUUGGGGUUAAGGUUAGGGUUAGGUUAAAGGUUAGGUUUAGGGUUAGGGGAAAUUGGAUUUUGAAUGGGAAUCAAUUGUUUGGUCCCCACAAGGAUAGUAAAAGUUUGUUUUUGGGUGGGCUGCAGCGCGAGGAGGGGACUGACUGACUGAGGCUUGUUUUAUGUGAUAUGUGGGGGAAACAGAGAACACUAUGUUGACAGUGUCCAUUGGUGUGCAGUGAACCAGAGCACGGUUACAAUGCUAUACAUAAACAAAUAGGUGAUUAAUAUACAUGGUUAAACUAUGCUGUAGCUAGAUUCUCAGCAACAGCGUAUUUCACUUCAUCCAUAUAACUCACAAGCUUUUACAUAUACCGGUAUAUAUUUAUUUUACAUUUACCUCAGUUGUUUUCUACCUUUUUAAAGUUUCAUAUUCAACUAUUUAUUGUGGGUGGAUUGCUGACUAUGUAAAGUAAACCUACUAUGAAUAGUAGUUAUUUUCUUCAGUCUAGCAUUGGGAGACAUUUUUAAUUAAAGUAUUUUCACUCGUGCUGGCUGGUUGAAAGGAUGUCCUGGCUGGUGAUUGAAAAGUGCAAGCAUGACAUGAAUCGCAGGAGAGAGACCACUGAGAAGUAGAAAAGGGGCCUGUUAUUUUAAAUUCAGACAUCCUCAAAUCCUGGGGAAGAGCUUUAUCUGGCAGAGUUUGGCUUAAGCACAGUCGCUCUUAAAGACAGGGGAGGCCAGAGCCAGCGGGGGUACCCUCAUGUCCAAGUUAGUGCAUGCAUAAAGGGAAGGAAAGAAAGAAAGAAAAUAGGAAAAUAAAGAAAUGGCAAUUCUUUCGCAACAUAAAAAAAUAAAAAAAAUGUAAGAGGGGAUUAGCAAAUCCCUGGCAUGUUAAAGAAGGCACUUGCAUUUUUUUGGGCCCUUUGUUUGCAUGUAGGAGUGCUUGUUUACAAAGCAGAGGAUAUUUGGGGGGCUGAGGUCGUGGGGUGGCAGGCGGAGGUGGUGGGUGGUUGAGGUGGGGGGUAGGGUCACAGCAAGGAGGAGCACAGUGUCAGUAAUUAGUGGUGUUUCAGUUGGGCUUCUUUGGUGGUCUCUCUGUUUAAAGCUCCAAUCCUUGUAAUCUCCCAUUGCCAUCAACCCCCCAGCCGGUUCCCUCCCUCCUGCUCACCCCCCUUCCUCUCCCUCCAACCCUACCACCACCACCUGAAUAGAAUGCCCCUGUGCAGCAGCAGCCAAUACAAACCUGCCUGUGUUAGUGGCUGCAGGGCCAAGCUCGUCAGAGUCUCUAGGAGGGAGAGACGUACAUGUUGCUCCCCAGCCCGCCGCACAGAGCUCAGUCUGUUUCUAUCCUCCAGAGGAGACUUAUGGUGGCCUCAGCCUCAGCCCGUUCUGCCAACCCAGGUGGAGCAGAGCAUCAACCAUCCCCGGGUAGGGUUGUUGGUUCCCCAGCUCUCCUGAACUAACCCUAACCCAACACUGCACCACCACCUCAGAGACUUUCCAACUUUUGAUACUCUGAUUGUUAGCAUGCCUCUGCCUGCCACCCAGGGUCUGGAGUUUCACUAUGGCAGUUACACAUGGGAAGAUGAGAUGAAAUCCUGAAUUGAGAUUCAUUGAUUAAUUCAGGAUUUUAUAUUUUAUUGAUCAAAUCAUAUCAAACUUUAUUUAAACAGCAUUUAACAUCUGUGUAAAUGUAGAAUAGACACAAUCAAGGGAAUGAAAGAACAAUUAAUAUGUUUAAAACUGAGUAAAUUAACAGUUAAUUAAGAAUUAAAAGAAAGAUCAAUGUCUACUUACCGUAAAUAAUUGCUAGCCCACUCAAAUGAAUGAGUAUCAAACAAGCCUAAUGUCUGAAACCCUCUUUAGACUGAGCUCAGUACCCAUAAUAAUUACAACAUAGGAUCCAGAAUGGGGGGUUUAUUUCGACAUGGGGUGUGUGCUUGGUCUCAGCCUUGAUGAACACCUGUCUAUAAUGUUUCGGCACCCCCUGCCCUCAACAAAAGAAAAAAUAAACCUGACGGUAUCGAAUACCAUUGGUGUAUUCUAAAUGUUGAUGAUAGUGUAUCAUUUGCACACACGAGGUAGAGGCUGGUGUUUUUCUUUAAUAUGUAUGCUAAUCUAGUCUCUUUAUGAAAAUAAAACAAGACAGCUGAAAACUCUGAGGGGUCAUGUUUCCUUUAAGGGAGGGGUUAGAGGCAGGAAAGGACAAGGCCCUCCCUCUGCUGUGCAAUUAGUUGAAGACAUGAAAGAGAAAUGUUCAUUGUAAAUAUGUUCUUCAUGCUCUAAGAAAAAAAGCUGGCCUGGCCCAGGCAUGUUAAGUAAACAUCAAACUGUGCACAUAAAGUUAUAACGUCCAGAAAAUGUCCUCCUUGAAAUGUAAGCCUGGUUGAGUAGAUGUUCAAAUAUAGUACACAAGAACAGGAUUUUAACUUUGCAUUAGGUCAGAGAGCAAGUGCAAGUGUCCACUGGCCAGAAAUCAACUCCUCUGCGAUGUCUUCGCCAGUACCCACAAGCUGCACAGAGUGAUAGUGUACUAGUUGUCAAGGGGACUGCUGCUUGAUGGUGCUGUGUGUUUGUUCUACAGGUGUAACAUCCAGGGCAGUGUGAUCUGCAGUAAUGCUGUGAUCGGCCGAGGUGCAGACAUCAAAUACUGCCUGGUGGGGAGUGCCCAGCGAAUAGAGCCAGAGGGUGAGCAUACUACUGCAUACUACUGCCUCACCUCACCUUGCCAUCACACACUCAAGUCCCACUCACCUCCACUUCAUCCAGCAGCAGUAGGGUUGCACAAUUCCGGUAACCCAAAAUUCCCAGGUUUUCCAGAAAUCCUGUUUGGAGGAUUCCUGGAAGACGUGGAGACUAUGUAGGAAAUCUGGGAAACUUCCCAACUGGGAUUUCUGGAAAACCUGGGAAUUUGGGGAAAGGUACCUGAGUUUUGCAACCCUAAGAAGCAGGAAAUAACACAUGCUAAUAGCCAUGUAGUAUUAAAGCAGGGAGGAAUGUUUUUUUUAAAGUGUGUUAGGAGUAUUGGAAGUGAACUUGUGUGGGUCAGUGUUUAUGUGAAUGUGAUGCGUUUUAUUCUACGCUUUCUUAGAUUGCAUUAAAAUGUAACCCUCUGUGUAUAAUUCAGCUUUAUUUUUUUUAUAUUCCUAAUCCCCUUGUCCGUACUCCCUAGAUGGAGCUGGGGGGUUGUGUGUGUGUUCCUGUGUGUUAGUCAGUGUGUGUGUUUUUGGGAUUGGGGGGUGGUAUGGGGAAUGAGGGGGCUGGGGGCUGUUGAAUUCCGGGUGGUCCUGGCCUGUUCUCUAACCUCUCCAUCAAUGACACUGCCAGAGGCGCCCCUAAAAUGUCCAGGGCCUGCUCAGCCUAAUUGACUGAGCAACAGGGUGUUGCUUCACCACGGCCCCCUGCACCAAAUACUGCAACAUUUACCCCCCUCCGAACCAACCCCCGUCCGUGUUCCAAGUUCUCAGCCCAGCCCAGUUAUCAGAGUGCGACUGGACC